GAUCAAUUCUUUAUCUCACUAAAAAGUACACUUUUGAGAUAGAGUAAGAAAUAUAAUUCGGACUGAGGAGAUUUACCCGGUCUAAGUCAUACUUUGUGUUCUUGUUGUGUGUUUUAUAUUACGGGUCGAGUGUGUCCAGGUCAAACCCGGUUAACCCACCCAGCUAUAUUUACACCAUCAUUUUUGGCGCCCACCGUGGUGCCGAUUUUUAAAGUUUUUUCCGACCAGGUCAAAACUUUAACCCCACUAAAUAUCCACAAUCAUGUCUUCGAGCAACUACAACGCUGUGUCAAGCCAGGCUGCGAGUGAAAGCACUCCUGCCAUCCCAUUGAUGAUGACGAGCAUGGGGACAACCUUUGCCCCGAUCACCACGGUAGGAUCGAUUGGCAUGAUCCCAAUCAUGUCGACCCCUACUCCUACGCCAACGACAACAAUGUUCCCAGGUUCGAUAACGACGCCAGGGGGAGCAUUCACAUCAUACCCGUCAGCUUGGGCUAAAUUUGCUGCUGACCCGGCAAAUGCUCAGGCUCUACAAGGCUAUCAACAGGUGAUGGCCAUGAUGCAACAGGCAGGGGGCUUUAUGCCAUUUGCCUAUCCUGGCAUGACGCCACCAAUUAUGCCACCUUCGGUGUCGAUCCCGUCGACAUUUGUCCCUAGGAUGGUCCCUAUACGUCCGGUGAAUUUGACGGGGACCAUGAAUGAAGCAGCGCCCUCAAAUGUCCAUGAAAUCAAUGAGGCGGGGCAGGAGGCGGCCCGCAGGAGGAAGGGUAAGGCUAUAGCCAAACCCAGCAAGACUCGAGAUUCAGCGUUCAAACGCCUAGGGGACAAAGAAGAUGGACCCCGCAAGUCUGCCAAGCUACGUCUUGGUCCUGAGAUGGGCCGGACUAGCGCAAUGGAAAGACUUGGCGGGAGUCGUCACGCCCAAUCUCGUCGUUCUAGGGAAUCUGAGACGAUUCACCAAGACGAGGAGGAAGCAGAAAGCCAGCCCAGGGCGUCGGCAUAUACCAGGCUCUCAUACGAUGAGGAUGACCUGGACAAGAUAGGGAGCGUAGCAAGAAAGCUACGUGCCCUGGAGGAAAAGGUGGAAGAGAAGGCGGGAGCGAAAAAGCACACCCUGGCUAAAUCUCCCUUUUCGGCCAGGGUACAUGCGCAGAGGUUGAGGCGGAAGAUUAAGCUGGACGUGGAGAAAUUCACAGGAAAGGAGGAUCCAAACGUCCACCUUGACACCUUCCACAAUGCAGCACAGAUGGCCGGGUGCACUGAUGCUGAGGAAUGCCUACUCUUCUUCUCAUCCUUGAGAGGGAGGCCAGUGGAAUGGUUUAACGGCCUUCCCCAUGGCAGAAUUGGGUCCUUUGAGAAACUUGCCGAAGUUUUCCGCAAGAAGUACCAGGACAACUGCAUCAAGAGGAAGAAGUUCACCUACCUUAACACGGUAGGGCAGAAGGAGAAGGAGUCCUUGACUCAAUUCUUGACCCGCUGGAGGGACGAGGUCGACAAGGAAGGCUACAAUACGGCAUGGGAAUACGCCGAGGCGGAGGUCUUGAACAAGAGCAAUCGGGAGCUGGAGGAAGGAUAUACAAAGGUGAAAACUGAUAAGCCGAAGAAGGAUGACCAGAUGGGAGGGUCCAAGUCGAAGGCCACGUAUGACGGGUCUGUCCAUCAAAUAAGGGAUGAUAAGAAGGGAGAGCAGUCCAAGAGGCCAUGGACGGAGAAGUGGGGUACCUACCACCAAUCCGACUCCCACAAUACGGCGGAUUGCCGAUAUGUCAAGGUUGUGCUCAAAGAGAUGGCCUUGAAGGGAGAGCUUGGGGAAGGUUACGCGACGGAGAAUAAAAAGGACCAAAAAGCGAACACCUGGACCCGUCCUCAGGGAAAAGACCAGGGAAGGAGAAAAUCCAGGAAGGAUAACAACAGUCCGGAUAAAGAAUUCAUUGAGAUGAUUAUCGGUGGCCCGGAAGGCGGGGACACUGCCUCCCAGCGGAAGAACUGGCCAGGAGCUUGCACGGUCCUAGUUGACACAGGAAGCAGUGUCAAUGUUUUAUACUUGGAUGCUUUCAAGAAAUUGAAGCUUGACAAGUCCAUGUUGAGACCAUUGCAAACUCCAUUGUCAGGCUUCACUGGAGCUAGCAUAGAAGCGGAAGGUCAGAUAACCUUACCGGUUACCUUGGGGCCUGGAAUCAACCAGGUCAGGGCUAUUAUUUCCAUGGCACACUUAUGCAUGAAGUUUUACACUCCCAAUGGAAUCGGGGAGGAAAGGGGUGAUCAAAAGAACGCCCGGUCCUGCUACCGGGAAGCAGUCAAGAAGAUGACCUGCCAGUUCGAACAAAUUAAACUGGUCUCCCAGCAGGUAGACAAGGGUGAGGAGAAGGCUAGGAUCGAGCCAGAUGCAAAUACGGAGGAGAUCCAGAUUGACAUCUCAAAUCCAGAGAGGAAGGUCAAGAUCGGGGCUGAUCUUCAAGAAGAGCUAAGGACUGAGAUUGUCCAGGUGCUGACCAGGUAUAAAUCAUUAUUUGCCUGGAGUGUUGCUGAUAUGCCCGGAAUUGACCGGUCAGUCAUUUGCCAUCGUCUCUCUGUUCUUGAGGGGUCUAGGCCCGAAGAAGAACCGGCCAGGGCCAUCACUGAGCUUUGGUGGUCCAUGUCGGUCGACGGAGCCUCUGGACCGAAAGGUUACGGGGGAGGCGUAGUAUUCACAACUUCGGAAGGAUUCAAGGUAUAUCAUGCCUUGAUCUUUAAUUUCAAGCUCACAAACAAUGAGGCGGAGUAUGAGGCAUUGAUAGGGGGUCUGAGAUUGGCCAAAACACUACAAAUCAACUGCCUCAAGAUUAAGUCUGAUUCGAGCUUGGUGGUAGGCCACAUCAAUGGCAACAUGGAGGCCAAAGGAGAAAAAAUGCAAAAGUACAGGGACUUGGCAAGGGCAUUAUUGAAGGACUUGACUGAGUAUGUGAUGGAACAAAUCCCUAGGGGCGAGAACACCGAUGCUGACUUGCUAUCAAAAUUGACGCAAGCAGCCCCAGAACAUGUGUCGAAGUUGGCCAGGAUUGAGACGCUGGAAAAGGCUAGCAUUGAAGGGCUUUCUGUGAGCCUGAUAGAGGAGGAUGGACAGCCCAAUCCAGGCCAGAUGAUAUUUGGAUGGAUGACUUGGUCAAACUGCCAAAUGACCUUCCGGGAAAAGAUCUACGAAGAGAAAGGGAAUGAGGAGGACCAUUUGGCAGAGUUGAACUUGUUGGAGGAGAGGCGAAUGAUCGCCGAGGCCAAGAUGAUUGAAUACCAGCAAGCAGCCAAGGCCUACCAUGAUAACAAGGUAGGGCCUCGUUACUUCCAGGUGGGUGAUGAGGUCCUAAGACGAAGGGAGGCUAGCAAACCAGGAGAUGGAGGAAAGCUCGCAAAGAAAUGGGAAGGUCCAUAUAGGGUCACGACAAUACUACGCCCAGGGACAUACAAGUUAGAAACAAUGGAAGGUCGAGAGUUGGAAAGGUGCUGGAACUCCCACCACCUUAGAAAAUUCUACCGAUAGGCCAAAUUGGCAGGGCAUGUAUUUGUAAUACCCCUUCGAUGAUGGAUAAGAGCUUUCUUCAAUACUUGUGUUGCUAGAUCAGAAAUACUAAAAUAACAUGUCUUGAUGUAAGAGGCAAGGUCAAAAAAAAAGAUAAACCCUUGAGAUAGGGGCCUUGAUGUUGAGGUAUAGCCUUGAGAUAGGCUGGGUCUGGAAGAGGACUCGCGUCCAUACUUACAUGGAU